AGGAGGGAGGGAGGAGGCGGCUCCUUUAUAAACACGGAGAGGCUGACAGCGGCUCCAAAUUCAACGGGGAGACAGUAGGCCGGGAAUGGAGGAGCAGUCGGCGGCGGCGCCGACCGCUGCUGCUACUGCUGCGGCGGCGAUGGGCGGGCAGGGGGAGAUCCACGGGCAGCGGAGAGCCAGCCUGGCCGAGGAGGAGCAGCUGCCGCCGCCGAUGAUCAGCGUGGACGUGGCCGGAGUCCUGGUGCAGUUCGUCAAGACUUUUGUGAUCAUCUUCCCGGUGUACGCUCUGGGCUACCUGGGGCUGAGCUUCAGCUGGGUGCUGAUCGGGCUGGUCGUCUUCUUCUGGUGGCAGAGGAACCGGGGCAACAAGCGCUCCCGCUUGUACAGGGCGCUGUCAUUCCUGGAGCACGAACACAAACCCGUGCAGGGUGACAUCUCCAGCACUGACCUGCCGGCGUGGGUUCACUUCCCAGACGUGGAGAGAGUGGAAUGGUUAAACAAGAUUGUGAAACACCUAUGGCCAUUUAUCAGUCAGUUUGUGGAGAAAUUGUUCAAAGAUACUAUCGAACCGGCUGUGAGGGGAGCAAACAGCCAUCUUAGUACCUUCACCUUCACAAAGAUUGACUUGGGAACCAAGGCUUUGCGAAUAGAUGGAAUAAAAACGUAUAUAGAAAAUGUGGACAGCAGGCAAAUUAUAAUCGAUCUUCAAAUCAGCUAUGUUGGAAACUGCGAUAUAGACAUCGAGAUCAAACGGUAUUUUUGCAGAGCUGGAGUGAAAGGCAUUCAGAUGAACGGCACACUUCGAGUAAUUCUGGAGCCCCUAAUUGGCGACAUGCCACUGAUUGGAGCGCUAACUCUCUUCUUUCUCCGCAGACCUUUACUUGCCAUUAACUGGACAGGACUAACAAAUCUUCUGGACAUCCCUGGGCUGAAUGGAUUGUCAGAUACCAUCAUCCUUGAUAUCAUGUCCAACUAUAUGGUGCUGCCCAAUCGUAUCAGCGUGCCUCUUGUGAACGAGGUGCAGUUAGAUCAGCUGCGGUUCCCAGUACCAAAGGGAUUCCUAAGAAUAUAUUUCAUUGAAGCUCAGGAUCUGAUGUGGAAGGACUCGUUUUUGAGGGGACUUGCAAAAGGAAAAUCUGACCCAUAUGGUAUUAUUCGUAUUGGUAACCAGAUGUUCCAAAGCAAAACCAUCAAGGAAAAUCUAAAUCCAAAGUGGAAUGAGGUUUACGAGGCACUGAUUUAUGAGACUCCUGGCCAGUUAAUGGAGGUUGAACUUUUUGACGAAGACCCAGACAAAGAUGAUUUCCUGGGCAGCCUCAUGAUUGACCUUGUUGAAGUUCAGAAGGAGCAGCUAAUUGAUCAGUGGUUUGAAUUGGAUGAAGUGACCAGAGGAAAGUUGCACAUGAAGUUGGAGUGGCUAUCCCUGCUGCCAAACACUGACCUGCUGUCUCAGGCAAUGGCUAGCACCAAAGCUCUUCAAGGAACUGCAAAUGAUGGGCUUUCUUCUGCCUUACUCAUCAUCUAUCUGGACUGUGCCAACAAUCUGCCAAAUGUCUUCGAAGGAAACUUUGGGUGUGGAUACUUGCGAGAGAGAAGAGCAGCAGGACUUGUAUUUUGUGAAAAUACUUGCUCAAUCUUUAGAGACUUUUUUUUUGGGAAGAAAAUGAACAGUGAGCCAAACCCAUUGGUCCAAUUGUCCGUGGGGCAUAACACAUUUGAAAGUAAGAUCCGAUAUCGAACCACGAAUCCUGUCUGGGAGGAAGCGAUUACUUUCCGCAUUCACAAUCCACAGAUUGUGGACCUGGACAUUGAGGUUAAGGAUGACCGUCACCAAUGCCCACUCGGUUCAUUCACUCUGCCUCUCAAACAGCUGCUGCAGGCGGAAGAGCUAACGAUAAACGAGCGGUUCCCAUUGAACAACUCUGGUCCCAGCAGCACUCUCAAGAUGAAGAUAAUGCUUCGAAUCCUUGCAGCUGAAAAACAAGACAAAGCUACAGGCCAUUCCUCCAUUCAAUUAAAGAAACAGUCAUCUCAAGGCAAGGACGGCAGUAGGUCCAACCAGCCGGUUGUCUCGACAGAAUCAAACAAAGGCGCCCCAGCUGUCCCUGAUGCUGACAGUGUCAAAAAAGUUGAGAAGGUGGACAAGGCGGAGACCAGUGCCUCUUCCCUGAGCCCCCAGAGAUCCACAAGCUUUCCACCAACUUCUAUGGCCAACGUCACAUCCAGUGUAACAAGCUCUCCAUCACACCUUGCGGCCAAAGAAUCGACCCCAAGUAUCGCCUCAGACGUGUCGCUACCCUUCGCUACACAAGAGUUACACCAGAGGCUGCGGCAACUGCAGAAUGGAACUACUCUUGGCCAGUCACCGCUGGGUCAGAUUCAACUGACUGUGCGCCACAGUUCUCAACGAAACAAGCUCAUUGUGGUUGUACAUGCUUGCCGGAAUUUAAUAGCUUUUUCUGAGGAUGGUUCAGAUCCAUAUGUUCGAUUAUAUUUACUGCCUGACAAGAAAAGAUCAGGAAGGAGAAAAACAUCUGUGUUGAAAAGACAGCUAAAUCCAGUCUUUGAUGAAACGUUUGAGUUUGCUGUGUCACCUACUGAGGUACCGAAGAGGACUCUGGAUGUAGCUGUGAAAAACAGUGGUGGCUUUUUAUCAAGGGACAAAGGUUUGCUUGGAAAGCUAUUAAUAGAAAUGACAGAGGAAGUGACGAAAGGCUCUACACAGUGGUACGAUCUGACAGAAGAUGGUGCAAAGCAUCAGCCCCAGACCUAGAAGUACCAACCCAGUGUCGAUACCAUUGGUCUCCAAGGCUUUUAUUUGUUUUUUUAAAUUAUCCUGGGAGCACCAGCACCACACAAGGCUUUGCACACGUGCCAAUGAAUGCACCACAGAUUUUUCAGAAAAUGUCAUCUUCCCCAUAUGUACUUCACUCGGUUUUAGUAUUGCUUGUUGCAUUUUAAAAACACCUACUUUUAUUGGUUAAGAGUUUAAAAAAUAAAAUUAAACCAAUUAUUGGUAGCACAGUGCAUGGUGUACAUGCUAACUGUGUCCCCUUGGUCAUAAAAUAUUUCCUAUUCAAGACUGUAAAUUACUGCAAGGCAGAAUGUUGAUCCAGGAUUACUUCUGACUUAUUUUCUGUAGGUUUGCAAUGUAUAAUGUGUAAAUACAGCAAAUGUGAUUUAUGUAUUGAGUAUGCAAUGUCUGAAGUAUAUGGAAGGAAGGAUAUUGCAUUUAUUAAAAUGGCAGGCAUGUCUCACUGAGCAGUUGCCUUGUGCUCUUUCUGGUAGCCACGUAUUUGUAGUGUCUAAUUCUACAUUGGAAUGUGUGCUGUGAAAUGAAAUAAUACAUAGGCCUUACUGACUUAUCAGGUCUCCUAUGUUACACAGUGCACUUAGCAGCGAAAAAGAAAUACAAGCCAUGGAGCAGGAAACCUAAACUUUUCAUUUGACAAUCUGUGGAAAUCAGCACAGGGGUUCAAAAGCAAUUAUUUGUUUUAGUUUUGACAUUCUACCGUGGAGCUGUGCGCAUAAUUUCAUGAACGCAUGAGGAAGGAGUAAGCCACCGGUGUGUCGAGCAUACUUUGACAUUCAAUGUAUGAUCAUGGCUGAUUCAAUUGUUCCCUUAGCACUGCAUUCCCACCUACCACUGGAAACCACUCUUAUCAAGAAUCUAUCUACCUCUGUCAUAAAACUAUUCAAAGACUCGCUUUUCACUGUCCUUUCAGGAAGUUAGAUACUCAAUCCUCUGAGAGAAAACAUUGUGCCUCGUCUAACUUAAUGGGUGACCCUUUCUUUUUUUAAAGUGAACACUAGCUCAAGGUUCUCUCACAAAAAGAAUCAUCCUCUCUGCAUCCACCCUGUGAAAACCUCUCAGGAUCUUGGAUGCUUCAAAUUUCCCCUUGCUCUUCUAAACUCUGACAUAUACACGCCUAGUAUGUCUAACCUCUCCUCAUAAGACAACCCAUCCUUCUGCCUAUUAGUUUGGUAAAGCUACUUUGAACUGUUUUCGAUAUAUUUCCAUUUAAUAAGGAGACCAAUAUUGUACCAGGUGUGGCCCAUUGUAACUGAACCAUAAUCUCCUUUUAUAUUCAAUCCUUUGCAAAAAGUAACAUUCUGUUAGUUUUCUCAUUUAUUUGCUUUACCUUCAUAUUAGCCUUUUGCAAAUUAUGGACCAGAACACCCAGAUCCCUUUAUAUCUCAGGGCGUCGCAAUCUUUCACCAUUUAGAUAAUAUACCGAUAAAUGCUUCCUGCCAAAAUGGUGAGUUUCACAUUUUCCCACAUUAUACUGCAUUUGCCCACUUAGCUGACCUACAUAUCCCUUUGUAGUCACCAAAUGUCCUGGAAGUUCUUUGCUCGGACAUUUAUCCUCAACCUCUACAGUUGUGUUGUGUUCUUCCUGUAAACAUUCACGAUUCCCUGAUCUACUGUUUCCAGACUGUUCAGUUCAUGUUUAAGGAUGCAUUGAAUUUUGUCCUCGGUUUCCUUUCUCUGUCGGCAUGCAUGAAGUCAGAACCCAGCCCUUUAGGAAAUCAGAAUAAAUAUUCCCAGACACGUUAUUUAUGAGCCAGGGCACUCUAUUAUGAAACUAGUUUCCCAUUCUACAAAUAUUGUAUAUGGGUACACACAUGACAAAAGUCCAUUUUACGCUUCAAAACAUGUUUGAGACAUUGCUAUUCUUUUAAAUGCAGAAAGGCCCGUUAUAUUAGAUAAAGAUGGAAAACACUGGAAAUACUCAGGCAGCAUUGGUGGACGGAGAAACAAAGUUAAUGUUUCAGGUCAAUUACUCUUCAUCAAAGCAUAUUUUGUUUGUUCUUUUAGGCAUCGCUCAUAGUUUCAUUCACCCUAGUAAGUUUAAAUGGUAAGCUGAAAGGUUCAUAACUUCUUUGUUAAGUGGGUUAUUGGUAUUUAAUUCUGGAUAUUUAACGUUGCAUCUACCCUAACUUAUUUUGUUCCUACAGUAUUAUGGGGUUUUGAGCUUUAUUUUUGAGGUUUUAUCGUUACAUAUGAAGUCCCCAAAACACACUAAACUUGGUUUUACUUGAGCAGAAUUAUAAUCUUUUGUUAUCAAUAUUAUUUGCUGCAGUCCUAUUUAUUUCACACGAUCAUUGAGCUAAAUAUUUUCUCCACUCUCAAUCUCCAUUUGAUUGUAGGUUGGCUUGAUUGCUGCUCUGAAAGUACAUUGUUCAAGCCAAACAUAGCAAAGCUUGAUAGAACUGGUGACAGAAGGCCAGCAGAAAAUGAUGAAACUUGAAUCUGAAAUCAAAUAUCGAGUGCAUUAAUGAAAUAUAGCUGAGUUGUGCAAUUUGAAAGACCCUUUGUUUGCAUCUUCAUAAUGCGGUUAAUAUUUGUUUUAUGCUGCUCGAAGCAAAACUUAUUUCCAAAUCGAUGAAAAGAUUCUGUUUUUAUGGCAACUGGUUUCUAGUUCAUUAAUUUAAAAAUUAUUUAAUUCAGCUGAUUUUAAAAUAUUGCAAAUAAUGAUUUAAAAAUACUGCAAAUAAUGAGUAUCAGUACAUUUUUCUGUGUUGUCAACACAAUGGCGGUAUUUUGUCAGUUCUAUCAUGUUCUAAAGAUAGCUGACGAUGACAUUUGUAGUGCAAGUUAUUCUUCUGGUAUAUUAACAUUUUAAUUGACGCUUUUAAAGGCCUUCUAUUCAGAAACAUCAAAAAGAAAAUUCCAAUGAAUUGGAAUGAUCAUACCACACGAUGCUCAAUGAGAUUUCCCCUGCAAUUUCCCUGAAAAGUGCACUCUGUAACUUCUAUUUUGUGUUGAACAUUGUUCGAAGAACAUUGCGGUUGAGUCAGCCAAGUCUAUUUGUUCAAGCUACCGUUGUCUGCUCCAUGCAGGUAUUACUGUGCCUUAAAUAUUGAUGUAUAAAAAUAUUAUGGACACUGAUUCAUAUUUGAGGAUAGUCAUACUUGAUAGAUUUGUUUUAUAGCUGUUGUAUUUAUGACUUUUUUUGCUGAACUGUUAAUGCAUCAUAGCAUAAAGUAUAUAUUUUUUCCCUUCGUCAUGAGAAUGGAAAAAGUGUUCAGCCGUAUCAGUGCUGUGUCACCUGAUGACAAAGGUUGUCUUUUCUCACUCUAUCUGCAUAACCUCAAACAAUGAUUUAAUGGGAUUGCCAAAUUAGGGGCCACUAAUUUGUCCUAUGUGGAUUUCUUGGUACAAAUAAAGGAUCUGCCACAUGUUCAAAUUAUUUCCCUAUCAAAGGUAGAAACAAAUAUUGGCCCGGGGUGUGCAAUGGAAUAUCUUUGUGAUAUCUGUGCAUUGGCUUGCUUGAAAUUAUAAUCUUAUUUUGUAAAAAUGCUUUGCAAUGCCAAUGGAAGAAAUUUAGAAGAAAUGAAUUGACAGUGGGAGAAAUAAAGCCAAAGUCUAUCAUUGUUUGGAAAUCAUCAGGUUUUUGGUCCUGGUAUCUUCACUGAAAUGUAAUUUUUUCAGUUGUGUUCAACAUGUUACAGUGUGCCGUGCUUGAUAUCCUGUCUUCUACAUCAAUUGCAUCUGCUGCCAGCAAUGUACAAUCAAUAAAAAAAUUAAGAAAAUAGA